GGUGGUGUGUGUGUGUGUGUGUGUGUGUGUGUGUGUGUGUGUGUGUGUGUGUGUGUGUGUGCUGUGUGCUGUGAAUUCAAAGCUGGGUGGGUCUACAGUGUUUCACAUUCCCAAAAAAACUCCCGGCCGUGCGUUAAAGUGCUUUCAGUUAUCAGUUUUCAUAAGGCCACGAUGUUGAUGCUGGCUGGAAUCGUUGUCCUGCACAUUACCACCAUCAUUCUGCUUCUGGUGGCCACCAUUGAUAAUGCCUGGUGGAUCACUGAUACAGUGUCAACUGACUUGUGGGGCAAGUGGGAGUUUGCAAACUCAGUCUGGCAUUACACCAACCUGAAAAACUACCCAGAGGACUAUCUCCAGGCCAUUCAGGCCACCUCAGUGCUUGCCUGUGUUUUUGCCAUUCUGGCCCUGUUUGUGUUUGUGGCUCAGCUGUUCACCCUACCCAAAGGCCAGAGGUUCACCUUCACUGGCAUUUUACAGUUCAUCGCCUGCCUGUGUAUAAUGAUAGCAGCCUCAAUCUACACGGCUGAGCUUCACGCCAACGACACAGAGGGAGGCUACGGACACUCCUACGUCCUGGCCUGGAUCUCUUUUGUCCUCACCUUCAUCUUAGCGAUCACCUACCUCGUCCUGCGGAAGAAGAGUGAGUGAGAGGAGAAGAGGAAUGAGGGCAGGCCUGGGAUCAUAUUCCCAGUUUGAAUUUGGGGAAGUAAUGAAUAGGAUUUGUUUUAAAAUUGGGAGGGAAAAAAAUUGAAGAUUGUUGAUCUACAUCUGCAGCUAGGAAAAUGGGGGGAAUGAUGUCCAAUUGCUAAACAAGAGCCAUUUGUUUAUAUUCUGAAUAUUAUAAAUUGAAAUGGAACUUGUGCUUACAUUACAUGAAGGGCUGGACUUUACUUAAUAGAUUUCUAUUUGAUUAAAAAGAGAAGAGGGCAAUAGUUUAUUCAUGAGUAGGGCAGUAUGGGCCACAAAAUAAUAGUUGAGAUUAGGAGGGUGCAACCCUUAUUUCAUAUUAGUAUAAGCAUAAAAUUAUUAAUGAAUCAAUGGUUUCCUUUGUCUUUUAAGUGCAGUUCCAUAUAGUAGGUUUGGAGAACUCCAUAUCAAUUAGUACUGUAAAGGAAUAGUUCAACAUUUUGAGAACUAAAGAGUAAGAAGAUUAAUACCACUCUUAGAAACAGAGUGGAAUCGAUCUUCUCAUCUAACGCUCACAAGAAAGAAAGAAAGAAUUAUUUCCCAUAAUGUAAAACUGUUCCUUAAAAAAAAAAAAAAAAAGAGUUGACCAUAUGGGAGAAGAGUAAACAAAAGCCCCUUUGAGAUGUACAGUACUGGUUCAAAAUACUCUGAGAUCAAAGUACUUAUCAUCCUGUAUAAUCAUGUUGUGAGGCUGACAGUUACUACUGCAGGUUUCCAGAGUCAAGGAGUGAAAGAUACUGUAUCUGUGAAGGUACGGCAUGUUGGCGAAACUACAACAUUCCUGUUGAAGUACUUGAACAAUCAGGAGAGACAAGCCUUAAUUUACAGUACACGUAGUUUUAAUCAUGUAUCAUUAUUUUACAACUGAAGUAUAGUGUAUCCUUUUUUAAUCUAUGUACAUUGUAACCAUUAUAUUUUUGUAACAUUUUGCAUUGAGUGUAUUUUUUUUUUUUAACCAUGUUUGAUUUUGUGUCUGUAGUUGGCUGCUAUCAUAAGAAAUGUACAUGUAAUUUGUACAAGUGAACCAGGGAGGGAGGACAAUGGUGGUUUCAUUUCACCGUAUUUCAUAACUAUGCAAUAGACAAUUUUGUUUGUAAUUCGUCGGAAUUUAAGCCAUAUCAUGUAUUAAUAAAACAAAUUAUAUCACAAA